AUGCCCUGGACACCCACUCAGGAGCUUUUAAAGCGGAAGACGUACACAAAACGCAUGGGACACAUGCUGGAGGUGCUGGAGCGGGAGCGGGUAGCACAGAUUAUGAAGGAGCGCAAGAUUCCAUCCUUUGGGCCCGGUGCCGUCCUGGAGCUCAAGCUGGUGCUGGAGGAGCGGCCGGUGCGGAGGGCCAAGCUGUACUACCUCCGGAAGAGGGUGCCGCGCGAGUAUCGCGUGGCAUGA